GGUUUGCAAGACGUCAGUCUCUGGCCAUCAGCAGCCUAAGACGAUCUUACAGCUUAAAUCAACCUCGGCUGAUUGCGAUGGCAGCCGCUCUUGAAAAUGGUGAUUCGCAGAACAGCCUUCAGAGGAACUACCAGGUUGUUGUUGCUGCGACGCGUGACAUGGGCAUUGGGAAGGAUGGAGUCUUGCCAUGGAGGCUUCCUGGCGACCUUAAGUUCUUCAAGGAGCUUACGUUGACUACGGCUGACCCUGCAAAGAAGAACGCGGUCAUAAUGGGACGGAAAACCUGGGAGAGCAUACCCCUUGAAGCAAGGCCUUUACCUGGUCGUCUGAAUGUCAUAUUGACUCGGUCUGGUAGUUUUGAUUUUGCAACUGCCGAGAAUGUUGUUAUCUGUGGAAGCAUGAACUCUGCCUUGGAACUUCUAGCGUCCACUCCCUAUUGCUUGUCGAUUGAGAAGGUUUUCUUGAUAGGGGGUGGGCAGAUACUGAGGGAUUCGCUUAAUGGACCUGCAUGUGAGGCUAUCCAUCUAACUGACAUUCAGUCAAACAUUGAGUGCGACACCUUCAUUCCUCCAGUUGACUUCUCGGUGUUCCAGCCAUGGUGUUCAUCUUUUCCAGUGGUUGAGAGCAACAUUAGGCAUUCUUUUGUGACCUAUGUUCGUGUGAGAAAAUCAGUUUUGGAAUCUCAUGACUCGAUUGGCAAGGAAUCAACUGAGAAUGAUAUCAAGAGUAGCAAGUUUGAAAUCGAGAACUUCUCUUUUCUCCCUAAGAUGAUAUUCGAGCGCCAUGAAGAGUAUUACUACCUCAACCUUGUCGAGGAUAUUAUGAGGCGUGGUGCUCAGAAAGGUGACAGGACUGGAACAGGGACGUUGUCUAAAUUUGGUUGUCAGAUGCGCUUUAACCUAAGGAAGAGCUUCCCCUUGCUGACAACUAAGAGGGUGUUUUGGCGUGGUGUUCUUGAAGAACUACUGUGGUUCAUCAGUGGCUCGACAAAUGCAAAGGUUCUGCAGGAAAAGGGUAUUCAUAUAUGGGAUGGCAAUGCGUCAAGAGAAUAUCUUGACAGUGUCGGCUUAGCAAAUAGGGAGGAAGGUGAUUUAGGCCCUGUUUAUGGAUUUCAAUGGCGACACUUUGGUGCUGAGUAA